AUCUCAUUCAAGUGUGUAAAAGCGAACUGAAAAAAAAGUGCAAUGAUGAUUCUCGGUGAACAUUGGGGACUGUGAGUUGAUGGUUGGUUCUUUUGUCGUGAUACUUGCUUGUUUUUUGCGAAAUGGCAGACUUUUUGGACUCCGAAGCUGAAGAAAGCGAGCAAGAGGAAGAUGAUCUGGAACUACAAGACCGCAAAAAAUCGAAGAAGUCAAAAGCCGUAAGCGACAGCGAAGAGGAGGAUGAAGAUGAUGAUGAUUUGAUUCGAGAAGAACUCAAAGAUCUUAUCGAUGAUAAUCCCAUUGAUGACGAUGACGAUAGUGGUGGCGAUUCUGAUGCAUCUGAAAGUCAUACUAAACGGAAGAAGAGUGAUGAUGAAGAUGAACUCGAUGAUCGUCUGGAAGAAGAAGAUUAUGAUCUGAUAGAAGAAAACCUUGGCGUAAAAGUAGAACGAGUAAGUAGCUGAGCUGUACGAUUUUGA